AUGUUUCGAACAAAGAAAUCAAAUACAACGACCACUGACUAUAGACUGCAACGACUGAAGAUUUCUGGUCGAACAGAAGCUGUAGCUUCAUCUGCUCAACAACGUAUUUACAUGCAUGAAAAUCUUUAUUUUAGCACCUCCGAUUUUUCUAUCUACAAUACUAUGAUUCCGUUGCAGAUCAAACAGGGUUCAGUGUCAAUAGAACAUAUUCGUUUAUCCUUAAUUUCAGUAAUUCAGCAGCAUACAAUUCUUCGCACUUCCAUUCGUUUCAAUCCGAUACGUAAUGAAAUCGAGCAAAAAAUUCAACCACUUACCGAGGAUAUCUAUUCCUUUCAACAUUCCCGAGGUGUUUCCACAUUGGAACAACUUGAUCGUCUACUCACGAACGAAUCAAUUGGAAAAUAUUUCGAUAUUGAAAACGGAAAAAUUGUACGAUGUCAUGUAGUGCAACGGUCUGCUGUAUGUAAUGAUGAUUCACUACACGAAGGUGAUCUUAUUAUUUUUGUGAUUCACCACAUCGCAUUUGAUCUCAGCUCAUACAAACCAUUUCUAAAAGCCUUAGAGCGAGCAUGCUUGAAGAAUGAAUAUAAGCAAUCCGCAUUAACAAUUCCACAAUACAUUGAUUUUGCAUUGUACGAACAAGCGCUGCUUGUCGAUACAAGCCCGGAGUCAAAAAUGAACAAGGCUCAUCGCUUUUGGGCUAAUCUUAUGCAUGGAUACGACUGGGAUAAAAUACGAUAUCUGGCACCCGAUGAAGAUCGAAUUGAUCGACAUCAUUCUGGUCGUGGUUAUUCGACUGCAUUUGCUAUCAAUCAAGAUAUUGUCGAUGCAAUGAUGUUAUUUGCUUCAACCAACAAUGUAACAAUGUUUUCACUGUCUCUUGCCUGUUACUAUGCAUUCUUAUUUAAAUUAACCAAUCAUGAUGAUGACUUGUGUGUAGUAAGCAGCGCAGCUAAUCGACCUGAGAAAGAGUUACAAGAUAUGAUUGGUAUGUUUGUCAAUCUUCUAUUAUACAGAAUCAAAAUUGAACCGAAUAAUACAUUUGAACGCCUUGUGCAACAAGUACAACAGCUAAGCAAUGAAAUUCUCGUGCAUGCUUCUUUACCUUAUCAACAGAUUAUUGAUUCCCAAGGCAAACGAGAAAAUAAUAUAUUACCUUCAAUGUUUUUCCAGUAUGAACCUUUAAUAUUAUCAGUGACACAAAAAAACUCAAUCGAAUUAACUGUGAGCGAAGGUUCGGUUGUAAGUGGUUACUAUGAUAGAGAUCUAAAUCACCAGAACAGUAUAUCACUAUUCGAUAUGUCUCUUACAAUCAUCCAUGACCAUCAUACACCAAGUACAGAAUGCUUUCUAAAUUGUUCGGCAGAUAUAUUUAAACAUCAAGAUGAUGUCGAUCAACUAUCAAAGCAUUUCCAACAUAUUCUUACGCAACUCUUUUCGUUUCCGGUUCUUCAAGAAUCUAUUCACAAACUAACUCUCCAUCUUCCCGCUGAACAAAUAUCAAUGCCAGAUCCAAACAAUACACAGAUACUUUCGUCUGAUUCAAGUACAUACACGAUUCCUAAAAGUUCGUCGGAAUUAGCCGAAUUUUAUCGAUUGGACAACAUCGUGAAUGAAGGUAUGAUUGUAUGUAGCAUGUUCUAUUCUUUUGAAAAGUAG